UUGAUGAUGUUGUCGGAGAGGAUCAGUCAGACUCUAUUUUUAAUUGUUGACAAUUAACAGUAACACUGCCGUCUCGUCGACGAAUGUUGGAUGUCAUCCACAUGUUCAUUUCGGGGAAUAGCUUACAGUCUAAUUACUUGACAGAUAAUUCAGAACUUUAAAGGCAAAGCCAGAACAAGUUGAGAUGGAUAUGGAUCCGGAGGUGAACGGAGAAUCGAGUGUCGCUGGCAGCAGCAGUGAAAGGCAACGCACCUCCCGGCAGUCUACGGGGGAGUUCGACUACAAUGAACUGCCGGUCGCGCUCAUCGCCACCAAUGUCAGCGAAUGUGUGUUUACAGAUGAGAAAGAAAGGGCCGCCUUCGAAGAAUUGUGUUCUGUUUAUGGAACGAGGGUCGAGUUCCACUAUCUUCCCAGCUUUCGUCGUAUUAGAGUGACGUAUAAUUCACCUGAGGAAGCAGUAGGGGCCAGGAUAGCAUUGCAUUCCAAAGAAAUCAGCGGCUCCAUUGUCAAUUUUUAUUUUUCACAGACCAAGAUAUUGAAAGACACCAACCCAAGCUUAGAACUUCCUCAGCCAGUCAAACAGUUCUUAAUAUCACCACCUGCGUCUCCGCCGGUUGGCUGGGAACCUGUGCCAGAAUCUGAACCCGUCAUUGACUAUGACCUUCUUGCUGCACUAGCAAACCUUGCACCAGGUGAAACGCACGAGCUUCAUCCGGCUGAAGGGAAUAAACCAAGCAUUGUUGUUGAACCAUGCGAUGAUCCCAUCUCAAGACGUCCUGUUCCUCAAAAGAUCCAACAAACAAAGAGACCGGACCUUCCAUCUACAUCGUCAUGAUUACCACUAGAAAAUCAUUACAGCUUGAGACAAGGCUACGUGCCUCAACUGUAAAGACUCUUUAAGAUGCUCUGUUGUAUCGAACAAAGACCAUUUGAAAGAAAUUCGAAUUAAGGAGAUAAAAACUCAAUUCAAAUCACCAUUUCUUAGACCAGGUACAAAAUAUUUAUUAUACAAUAAGAACAACACACAGAAGAAUUGUGAAUAAAUAAAUUAAGACUUGAAUUUAAGAUUAAUGGAUACAGCUUUAAAAAAAGAAGGUAUCUCUGAACCCUUAAAAGCAAGUCACAUUUUUUUUUGGGGGGGGAGUGUUGAGAUAAAAAUACCAUGUGAAUAAAAUGUAAUCUGAGUACAAAGCUUUAAAGUUUUAGGGGUUCUGAGAUGCUCGAGCAAACAGGUAGCAUUAUCACGAUUUGCUAAAGUCUCAAACAGUUGAUCCUUUAGGUAGAUAUUCAAGCAGUACAACUCAUUCAUGCCAGAAAUCUAUUAUUUUUUUAAGAUAGUAGUGGGAUAUUUCUUCACUCAAGCCCAUCGUAGUGAUACUAUUCUGAAUGGACCAACAGCAAUAUCCUGUUGAAACAUGGAUCCUAAAUAAAUUAAAUCCUGUACAGUGAUUGGUUCAAAUAGCAUCACGUGACUAAAGAUAUUCUAGCUAUGCUGUCAAAACAAAAUGCCCACUCGCAACAAAAAUUUCCUAUUUUGUGAUGUCAAUGAUGGAAUAGUGCACUGUUCCUUCAUUGAUGUCACAGAUCAUGUAAUCUCUUGGAUACACCGGUCAGUGAGGUGCCUCUACUGGGCAAAUCCUGUGAAAGGAUGGUGCAGGCACUAAUCUGCAUUCUGCUGAGCUUGUGGUUUCUCUAUGUCUGUCAGCACAGUGCGUUAUCUACACUAGUAUUUGGUUUAGAUUAAAAAACAAAGAACUACGAGUACAAGAACUAGAUUAUCAAGAUAUUGUUCUAACUUUAUGAUAUUGAAAGUAGGAUAUAAAGCAAAUACACCAGGGUGGUGUUUAAUAAAGCUGUUCGUAAAAGUUGCGCACAACUUACGCACGAAUGGAACCUGUUCCUAGGCACUACAUCAGUUACAUAGGGAUAUCACAUAGCACCAGAAAGGAUCACCGGUCGUGCGUAAAGUCAUUCGUAACUUACGAAAAGCUUUAUAAAACUGGCUUCAGGCCUUUAUUUCGAAAGUAUAGAGGGAAUUAUUUUUCCUUGUUUGUACUGGCAAAAUUACUAUUUUUCCAGAGUCCCGGGUGCAAAAUAGUAAGCCAGUCCAACGUCGGACAAAUAAUUCCUGCUAUACUUACACUAUGCUAUUCGGUAAAUAUUCAAAAUGAGUACAAAGUUAAUGAAUAGUGCUGGGACCUUUGCAUAAAGCUAUUCGAACGCUACGCAUGACUUUCUACACAAUUCUAUGCUUGACUCUACGCACCACUCGUAUCCCUUUCGUGUCCUAAAUGAUAUCACAAUGCAGCUGACUAGCUGUCUAAGCCCCAGGUCUAAGCAUGUAAGAACAUGUUCAGUCAUGCAUCGUGAUUACGGUAACUUUAUGAACAGCUUUAUGAAACCCCAACCAGGCCUUGCAGGGCCGUUUGUUGAUGAAAUAUCAAGCAAGGUUGUAAGGGCUCUGACUUUUCCGUUGCAACAAGAGGGUCAUGUAUUUUAAUGGCACUAGCAUCAUAGGUCAGUCUAUACUUAGCCGCUCUCCACCCAGGUGUUUGAUGGGUACCUGAUAGGAUGCAGAAGGCAAUGUAGUGUGCUAAUUGUAGCUUUGUAGUUCUUGUGGGAAUGCUCUCCAGGGGGUGAACUGUGUGUCUUGAGCUGUCUCCGUUGGGUCACUUCAAGAUUAGUGUUACUUUUGGUGUCGGAAGAACAAUUUAGAUUGCUGUUCUUAGCAGAAAAAGGUCACCCUUGAACUUUUUUUUAUUUGUACUUACGUUAGGUCAACACUGAACUUGAAAUCACGCAUUGGGUGUGAGGUCAGCCACAACCCUGUGCCUGCUGGGAUAUGUCUGUGCAUGCAGUAAUAGAGACAUUAUCCAAUUUAUUGAGUGCUAUAUGAAUUAUACAUAAUAUCGUUACUGAAAUUCUAGGCUUUUUUAAUUUGAUGCAAACCCCUGCCCUUCAGGUUGAGUUGCACAUUUUCACUGGGCAAAUGUCCUUUUGGCAUUCGUGAUAGCAUAAAACUAGCAAUGUGAGAACCUGACAUGGCGACAUGCUAGAACACGCCCCAGGAAGAGGAGAAUAUAUGCAUUAUUAGCGAGGGAAGCAAUUAGAUAUUCUUAUGAUAUAUAUAUAAUUGGAUCAGCAUUACAUUUAAAUCAACAUUAGUCGACUUUCUCAAUUACUGUCAAGUCAAAUAAUCAAGUUGAAAAUAUCUCAUUGAUCAUAGAGAUUUGACUCAAGUGGAUUCAACUACAGUUUUUUCUAACAAUUUCGAUGUACAGUAUUUAUUCAAAGAAAUAUACAUGUCCAAAUUUAA